AGUGUGCGUGUGCGAGCGUUACGGCGACGACGACCGUGUGCUGUUGUAGUGCGCGUUCACGUUUCUCCCCGCUCACUCGCUCUCCGCGUGCGUGUGCACGACCGUAUCCUCUCGCUCUCGCUAUAUCCAGUCCCCCGGCACUCACCAGCCCGACCACCAUACACCGCACCGCACGCUCGCUCACUCAUUCGCGUCGAACGUUAGCGCUGCCGGUGGUGGGGGUGUCGUGCGACGUCAGUGAACGCGCGCGCAGGCACAGCACGUCCGAUCUCGGCGGAAUUUAUCGCGUACUCCUCCGUGGCGGACGCCGAUAACGCGUCGUUUUGUUAACAAUUUUUUUACGUUUUUGAAAAACGCGUAUGCGCGCACGUAAUCAGGAUAAUAACAAAAAAAAUCGUACACAUACAGUCGCGCAAUCGCAACUAAAACGACUGCAACAAUAAUACGAUAUAAUGCCCGUUUUGCGCCGGGUACGUUCGCAUCGCACGUCUCUAGAACAGCUAACGAUUAAUGAUAAUAAUAAUAAUGUAUUGUGAUAAAAAAAAUCAAAAACAAUUUCACACAGGCCACAACGUUCGUGUUGAGGUAUUAUAAAAUAUCGUGCGGCCGUGACAUAAUAAUCAUACAAUAAUAUUAUAUAUAUAAAUAUUAAAUCUCGUCUACGUUCGGUGUGUGCGCCAGCCGGCUCGCUUGGGACGACGACGACGGAAAAGCCUGCCACAACGAAAAGGCGACAUCCGUUUCUCGACACCGGCGAAAAAUAUUAUUAUUAAUUUUAUCAUAAUCGCGAAAAAUGCCGCGGCGAUCGACGCGUACGAACGGCGCUGUUGUGGAAACGCCGCGGCGGCGACGGUCGUAGUGCGUUCGCGCCGUGUGCGUGUGCGUGCGUACGUGUGCCGCGCGCGCGUAGGCAGUGUACGUGCGUGUGUGUGCGCCGCCACCGGUGUGCGCCCGCGCCAGUGUGUACGUGUGUGUCGGUGUGUGUGCGUGUCAGUGUGCGUGCGCGUGUGUGAGUGUGUGCGACGGCGGCGUUCGUACGGACGCGACGCGCCUUGGGUGAGAGCCGCUCGCAAUAAUAAUAUAGUAAUCGCGCGUACCGGAUAACGUAAUAACAAUAACGACGACGGCGGCGGCGGCAGUGCAGCAGCAGCACCUCCACACGGUCGCCGCGGCAGCAGCAGCAGCAGCAGCAGAUUGGAGCGGCUGCUGUUAGAUGCAGGUGGCCACUUUGUUCCGCGAGUCGGCUAAUCUACUCGGUGCCGCUAUGGAACCCGGUUCGUCGACGGACAGCAAUUCGCCCUCUCUGAAGCAACAACAGCAGCAGCAGCAGCAACAACAACAACAACAACAGUCUAACAAUUAUGGUAAUUGUGACGUUGUUAACAAUGGACCUCAGCCAGCAUCUUCUGUAAAACAAGAAUCUGCUUGUGCGGAUGAUGGAUAUGAAACUAGUGGCGGUGGUACCGAUGCUGAACAAGCUGCAGCAAAACAUUCGGCCGCAGUAGCCGUUGCAGCAGCUACUGCUGCAGCUGCAGCCGCAGCAGCUCAGCAUCAUAAUAAUAUUAUGAACCAGUUACCUCCGAUGCAUCAUCAUCAACAACAACAUAUGAAUACACACAUGCAUCCACAUCACCAUGGUCAUGCUCAUCAUCAUCAUCAAAUGAACAACAUGCAACAACAUCAGAUUAAGUAUGAAAUGCCUGAUGAUCCAUAUAGUUUUGUUGAUGAAGAAAUGCAGCAUCAUGGUCAACAAAACUUGCAAUACACUGAAGAAAUGAUUUUACAACACAUGCCAAAGAAGCGAGGCAGGAAGAAAAAAUUUAAACCUGAGGAUCAGAUGAAUUUGCAAUGCUUAAAUCCUGAUCAAGCAUUUGGGUUAAUGCAACAUAUGUUGCCAAAAGAUAAAUUAUUGACAAAUCCUGCCAAAGUUUACAAGGAAAGAAAAAAACAUGACCGUUUUAAUGGCAUGCCUGAAGAAGAGGUAUCAAAGCGCACUUUACCUGACCAUCUCACCAAUAAUUUGGAUAUUGUGAUAAUUGGUAUCAAUCCUGGUUUAUUUGCUGCUUAUAAAGGUCAUCAUUAUGCAGGUCCUGGAAAUCAUUUCUGGAAAUGUUUAUACCUGUCUGGUCUUACACCAGAACCCAUGACUGCUGAUGAUGAUUAUAAACUACUUCAAAAUGGUAUAGGGUUUACCAAUAUGGUGGAAAGAGCUACAAAAGGUAGUGCUGAUCUCACAAGAAAAGAAAUUAAAGAAGGAAGUCAAAUUCUUCUCGAAAAGCUACAACGAUUCAAACCAAAAAUUGCAGUAUUCAAUGGAAAACUUAUUUUUGAAGUGUUUUCUGGGAAAAAAGAUUUUACAUUUGGUCGUCAACCAGAACUCGUAGAUGGAACAAAUACGUAUAUGUGGGUAAUGCCGUCAUCUAGUGCCCGAUGUGCACAAUUGCCACGAGCAGCUGAUAAAGUACCAUUUUAUGCUGCGUUAAAGAAGUUUCGAGAUUAUUUAAAUGGUCUGGUGGCCGAAAUUGAUGACAGUGAAGUGGUAUUCUCAUUUACUAAAUUAAAAAAUUAUUAUGAGCCAGAUAUCAAAGAAGAACCUAAAGAUGAAGUGCCAUCUGUGUAUUUCAACAAUUAUAAUUCGGUAGUUGAAAACCAAGAAACAAUAGAAAAUAUUGCUGAUGUUAAAGAUGAACCACCUGUGGUUCAAAAGAAAAAACGAGGGCGACCAAAGAAAAUAAAAACUAAAGAUGGAAUACCUGAAGAAGUGAAAGUUAAGCGCCCUAAACCUCAGGUAGUGGAAGAACGAGAAGGAAUGCCUAAAAAGAAAAGAGGGAGGCCGAAAAAAAUUAAGCCUGACCCAAAUCAGUUACCACCAACAAAUAAUGUUGUGCCACCAGUUUUAUCUUGUGAACACAGUAACCCAUCAACUCAAUUAUCAAAUUGUUUCUCUCCACCAAUUCAGUCUCCGAUGAACUUGUCACAGUUAUAUGGAGGAAAUAAUGUUAUAAAUAAUAUAUAUAACAACCAAAGCUCUUCACAUUCACCUAUAUCUAAUAGUGGCGGUGGUGGUGGUGGCGGUGGUGGAGGUAGCAGUGGUGGAAACAACAAUGCAAAUUUUCACCAUCAUCGUUCGCCUAUUCAAUCGCAACAACAUAGGUAUUCUCAGUCACCACAAGCUCCAUCCUUUACACAUUCUGAUUUGUCGUCAGAAAUCAGUGCAGCUAUCUCUUCAGAACAUAAUUUAGGAUCACGAUCUCCAGCAUCACCCAGUUUGGGUCCACCUGAUUUCGAGCCACCAGCUAGCCUGCUGGCCGAAGAUAAUAGUCCUCACAGCAGUCAACAUAGUGGCGGUGUAACCAAAGAAGAUCUAAUUGGAGUUGACCAACACUCUAGACCAUCACAAAUGGAAUGUCAGUUUAAUAAUACAGUCGGUGGAUCUCAGCAACCACAAAAAACAAAUACAAAGAUGGAUAUGCAUCAUUAUCCUCAAUCGCAUGGAUAUGAUGAAUACUCAGGCAAUGUAGAAUCUGUAGCAGGAUCUCCGGCCUAUCCUCCAGCAGAAUCUCCAGUAUAUCCCCCACCACCAACUGGAUAUCCACAACAACAACAACAACAACAACAACAACAGCAGCAACAACAACAACAGCAACAGCAACAGCAACAACAACAUCCACACCAACAAAAGAUAACAAAUAAUCAAGAUGUUACAGCAAAAAGUUUAUCAGGCUUGGAAUCUUUAGUUGAACAAAUUCCUAAUAUGAACGAUAGUGAUGUACAGCAUAGUGGACAUCACCAUCAUCAUCAUCAGUAUAUGGAUGAAUCAAAUUCAGGUUACAUGCCUAGUGAUUACUCAUGUUCUCCCUCUUUAAAUUAUUCUUAUUCGUCAUCGCCUUGUGCACCCCAAGGAAAUAUGAACAACUUUUCAGUAAGCUCAUUAACAAAUGGGGCAAAUCACCAUCAUCAACAAGCAACAAUGUCUCAACCUUCAACGUUCUCUGUUAGCAACCUUACAUCUUCAUCAUACCCACCACCACCACCUACAAUAAAUUAUAAUCAUCAUCAUUCUGGUGGUGUUAUGAUGGACAUGGAUAGACUACAACAACAGUACCAACAGCCAUACAACAAUCAGUAUGCCAGCUCAAUGCAAUUUAAUGGGGGAUUAGGACCACCUGGAAAUGGUUAUUCACAUAACACACAUAACAUACACAUGCCAACUCCAAAUUUCCCUUAUCCACCUCAAAACUCCAUGUCGUAUGGUAAUAAUAAUAGUGGUAAUGGAGUUUCACCUUAUAUCCAAUCAAGUGGUGGGUAUUUGUCUGUAAACCGUAUGGAUAUUGGAUAUGGUGGUGGUAACUAUUAAACUCGCGGAAACGCUGUAAAAAGACUGCGAUAUUUUCUCUGAUAUUUUUUCAACCAUCGCGCAUUGUAUUAAUCUCUUUUAUCAAUUGUUUAUAAUAAUAUUAUUUGUAAAUAUUAUAAUACUUGGUUAUAUAUUCAGGGAACGGUUCAUUGACGACUUGUAUGCAACUAUGAGAAUAGUUUGAGUUAUUAUCUCUCAUGAUAUUUAUCUUUUAUCAAUCAUAUUACAUUUUUUCAUAUCCUGAAUUCGAUUUAAUAAAAUGUAAAUACUCUUUACUUUAACAUUUUUAUUUAAUAAAUUUGAGUAAAAAAAUACGCCGAAGUUACCACAGAGUAUUACAUUUACUAACUUCGUAUACAAUGGCACAUUAGAAUCUUAUAAUAAAUUUAUAUUUUUCUCUUUUUAUGAAAAUUCUACCUAAAAAAAAAAAUAAUCUGUUAAAUAAAACUAUUCUCUAUAUGUUCGGCGAUAUCGUAAUUUUGCGAUUUUAACUCGAAUUUGUUCAAUGUCAUCUUUUUGCUCAACCAAUAUUAUUGUUAUAUUAUUAGAGUAAUACAAUAUUUUCACGUUACCAAUAUUUUUCCUCCUAAGUAUUUUUUGUUUUCGUGUACAUUGGUAUUUUAUUUGUUCAAAUGGUUCGUGGGUUCCUAUCAGUUGAUUUAUGAUGUGUCUGAAAGUAUUGUGAUUGUUAUAUACAUUUUGACUGGGUUUGUGCAAUUAAAUCAGUUACCUCCGGUUCGUAUAGAUUAUAUUGGUCCAAGAACCGCCAAAUUCAUGCUAUAAUAUAUAUAAAUAUUAAAAUGUUAUAUAGAUAAAAUACAUCAAAUUAUUAAAUUUGACUUAGAUUGGACAUUCCAAAAAAAAAAAAAAUGGAAAUUCUUGUUAACAAAUGUAUGUAAUAAAUCAUAAUAAAGGUUUGAUACAAAAAUCACUGUGUUUCACAACUGUUUCACUUUUAAAUAAUUUUAAAAUGUACAAGAAUUAUUUUUUUUCAACACAAUGGUUUUCCCCCAGCAAAUAUCCAAUUUCAACUGAUAAUAUUAUUGCGAAACUCCAUAACGAUCACACUUUAUUGUAAUUAUAUUAUUUAGUAAAAUAACAACUUCUAAGAUCUAUAUUUAAUUAAUAAGAUAAUGUUCUAUAUUCGCAUUCUGAAACUGCAUAGAUCAUGUAUGUCAGUUAUUAUUAAUUUAACACUUUUUCAUUCGAUUUCUAUGUUUAGUUUACACCAUUAGUAGAAUUUUAAGUGUAUAUUAUAAAAUAGAAAUUAAUUAAUAACAUAAGUGGAGCAAAUAUAAUAGCAUAGUAAGAGUAUUAUAUAUACCAUCUGUAUUGAGAAGACAUUUUGUUUAUUGAAUGAACAUAAUUUGAUUUUAAAUGUGCUAAAAUGAAAAAUAAUACCCAUUUCUAUUGAAUUUUUGAAGAUUUUGUUAAUAUAUAAUGUUUGUAUUGAAAACCGAUUUAUUAAUGACUUCUAAAAAAAUGUUUGUAUUUAAAUGAAAGUAUGAUGCAUGGGUGUAUUUAGGGGACUUUGGGGACUUAACCACCGCCCUGUGAGAAUCAUAACAACGCCCUACCCCUCCAGAAUUUUAAUCCAUCUAAAUUCAAUAUUGCGAAUUUACAAAUUUAAUUUUACAAAUCUAUUGAUAAAAAACCAUUUAAAUCAAAUUUUCUGUUUAAUGUAUCAAAUUAUUAUUACAUUUAUAAAUUUUUUCUUUGUUUUUAUAAAUAUAAAGUCUUCAUUAGAAAUAAAUUUAAUUAACAAAAAAAUUAAAAUUGUCAAACCAUAUUUAAUGUGUCAAAUUAAAUGAAAAAAAAUAUUCAAUGUACAUUUAUAUUAACAUCAAAAUGAAACUUCUCUAAUCUAUUCAUUUAUUAUUUUCUCCGUUACCAUUUUGCGAAAAUAACAAAACAAUCCCUAUUAUAUUCUUUCAUUGUUCUUUGUUAUACUUAUAUAAUAUAUAUACAUACUUACUAUAUAUAUAUGUAUUUAAUUAUUUAAAGAAACAUUUAUGAGAGUAGACUUGAUAUUAUAAUUUGCUUGUAGUAAAAUUAUAUUUAAUUUGUUUUUAUUAUUAUGAUUAUUAUUAUUAUACCAAUUAUUUCAAUAGCACUUAAAAUAUGUUACAAUUAUUUUUUGUUUGUUUUUUAAUAAUUAUUGAAUUUUAAUUUUACAAUUUUAUGAAUAUAUGAUCCCUAUCAAUUUCUUUUGUUGGAUUUUAUGUUUGAUACAUAAUAACAAUGCAUUAUACAUCUUUAAUACAAUUCCUAUAUACAUUAUUUAUUACGAAUAAUACAUAUUUAUAUAAAUAAUUUUUCCCAGUCCUCUUUUGACUUUCAUAGAAGUAAUAUAAUGCAUGUACUGUUAUAUUACUCUAUAUAACAUGGUUUUUAAUAUUACAGUACACAAUGUAAAAUCUAUAAGACAUUUUUUAAGCUUAGAACAAAACGUGCCAAAGGAUAACACACAAAUUGUAUACAACUAAUAUUAUGAUGUGAUUUGGCUCAAUUCCGUUCCUUAUUUUUAUCUUGUGUGCGCGUGUAUUUGGUCAAUGUUUUAGGGUUCAUUAGAUUGUCUUAUUUUGUUAUUGUUUUUUGUCUUGCAUACCCAUAGUAUUUUUUUUUUAUAAACCUUGUUAGUGUUAAUUCAUUCAAUGUAUUAUUUCAAUACUUAUGUUGUUAAAAGUUGUUUUUUUCUAAAUGUUUGUUACUCUACAUUUUAGCUAUUCUUUGUAUAAAAUUAUAACUUUUGGGGACUAAAAUGGCAAACCGAGCAUCAUUAAAUAACACAUUAUAACUUCUGCAAAAUCCUAAAUUAUAACACAUAACUAACAUAUCUUUUUAUUAAAAAUCACUUCGGACAUGUUUGUUUUUAUGAAUACAGAUAUAAUAAAGAUCAUAUCCCACAAAUUAUUUUGCACUAAAUAAAAUAACAUAAAUUAUAAAUUAGUUUGAUUUUAUUUAUUUAUAACCGUAUACAUAAAAAUGAAUUGACUGAUUUUUAAUCAGAAUUUCAUAAAUUUUUCAUCAUAAUAUAAAGUUUUAAUUUCUAUACAUAUUAAAUUGUAAUUUUCUAUGAGUUAAAUGAAUAAUGAAACAAAUCUAAGAUUAUUGUAGCAAAAAACAACGCUUUCUCAAAAAUAAAUAAAUAAAGUAAGAUCAAGUUAUGCAUUUCAUUAGUUUUUUUCAUGUUUGUACUAAUGUGUAUUUAUGAAAUUUGAAUAAAAACAAAGAUUAAUAAUAUAGACAAAAAAAUCUUGAGAAAUAAUCACCGCGAUACACUGAACAUACUCCUAUUUGAAAUCUCAUUUUUAUUUUAUUAUUUUAAGAUGUAUGUACAACGUUUCAUUUCAAAAUAAGUAUGUGUUUAAUACGUAUAUAAAUAUAUAUUUUUCACGUUGUAAUUAUAAUCCAUACUUAAUUUUGUUUAAGUUAAGAUAUUAAUGUAAUAAUAUUUUUUUUUUAUAAUUUCAUCUAAUUUAACACUAGACGUUUAGAACAGAUAUCCCCUUACAUUACCUAAUAAGAGUGUUGAUGUCCAGUUACAAAUAAUAUGUAUCGCUCAUGGAAUUAUGAACCAUAAUAAUAAUUAUCUGAUGCUAAGAUUUAACAAUUUCCCAAUAUAUAUGCAUACAAUUUUUUAUAAUUUUGUGUAUAUUAUUAAUCUUAUAAACAAGUCAUUAAAAUAAAAAUACAAUUGUAUUGUUAUGAUGUGCUCUUCAUAGCAGCGUAUUGUAACUAUAAUUCUAGUAUUUUAUUAUUGCAUCAAGCCGACAUUUUUGAUUCCAAGACUUAACUAACUUUGACUAAAAAGAAAAAAUGUACAUUGUGUAUGAUAUAUAAACGAAACAAGGUGCAUUUUGAAUUUUUAUUUCUUUUUUAGAAAUGUAUCCUAGUAUUAAACUGUGAAUAUUUUUCUGAUUAUUUAUUUGUUAAUAGUUGAAUAGCCAGAAAGAGCUAUGUAUGUUUGCCUUGGGUCUAUUAUAAUGUAUGAUAUAAUUUAAUAAAAUAAUAUCGUUUUAGUUUUAUUGUUUUAUCUGUGGAGUUGAAUUGAAAAUUUAAAUGCAUAAAGUUGUGUAAUUAUCAUAAUUAUCAUAUUAUUAUUUUAAAUAUAUGAAGCGUCACAUUCAGGAAAUUGAUUAAAUUAUGUGUAUAUAAUACUUGUAUCUAUGUUUUUUAAUUAAUAAAACUAUUUGUAUUUAUAUUUACGUCAGGAUAAUAUUAUUGUUUUGAUAUAUAUUAUAAUUAUAAUAAUAAUUAUUAUUA